GCUCCAGAAAAAGGUAUGGAUAAGAAAAUGGAUGAAGAGCAGCCUUUGACUGCAUGUAGCCAGUACCCUAAAGAAGCGGUGAGGAAACGUCAGAAUUCGGGUCGAGGUUCCAGGGGCAGUGAUUCUUCCAGGACCUCCAGGAAAAGCUUCAGGCUGGACUACAGAUUGGAAGAGGAUGUAACUAAAUCAAAGAGAGGCAAAGAUGGGAAAUUUGUUAACCCGUGGCCAACAUGGAAAUCACCAACCUUGCCAAAUAUUUUGAAAUGGUCCCUCAUGGAGAAAAAUAACAGCAAUGUGCCAUGCUCAAAGCAGGAACUCGAUAAAGAGCUGCCAGUGUUAAAACCUUACUUUGUGCAAAAGCCGGAACUUGCUGGAAAGACAGGAACUGGUAUGCGGGUCACGUGGUUGGGACAUGCCUCAGUUAUGGUGGAAAUGGAUGAACUUAUAUUUCUUACUGACCCAAUCUUCAGCCAGCGAGCUUCCCCUACUCAGCUGAUGGGUCCCAAGCGCUUCCGAGGACCUCCAUGCACAGUAGAGGAGCUCCCCAAAAUAGAUGCAGUCGUGAUCAGCCACACCCAUUACGAUCAUUUGGACUAUGGCACUGUAACGAGUUUAAAUGAACGCUUUGGGAGUGAGCUGCGCUGGUUUGUGCCUCUGGGGCUCUUGGACUGGAUGCAGAGAUGCGGUUGUGAGAAUGUGAUUGAACUGGAUUGGUGGGAAGAGAACUGCGUCCCUGGUCAUGACGUGGUCACUUUUGUCUUCACCCCUUCUCAACAUUGGUGCAAAAGGACUGCGACAGAUGAUAACAAGGUUCUUUGGGGCAGCUGGUCUGUCUUGGGACCUUGGAAUAGGUUUUUCUUUUCAGGAGAUACUGGAUACUGUGUUGCCUUUGAACAGAUAGGUAAAAGGUUUGGACCUUUUGAUCUUGCAGCCAUCCCCAUUGGAGCUUAUGAGCCAAGGUGGUUUAUGAAAUACCAGCAUGUGGAUCCUGAAGAAGCAGUGAGAAUCCAUAUUGAUGUUCAAGCAAAGAAGUCUGUAGCAAUUCACUGGGGGACCUUUGCUUUAGCAAAUGAGUAUUACUUGGAUCCUCCAGUUAAACUGAACGAAGCUCUUGAAAGAUACGGCUUGAAAAAAGAAGACUUCUUUGUCUUAAACCAUGGAGAAUCACGGGACUUGAGUACAAAUGAUGGGUUUGAAUAACAAAACAGUAGCAGUUCCUUGUAAGCCCUAUUUGAUUUGAACUAGCAAUCAAUGUCACAAAUAUUAAUAUGAUGUACUUACAAAGUAGAUUUUUUUUUUUGGAGUGAAUUGGAUUUUUAGAUGCCAGGUUUGUCAGUUUCAGAACUAAAACUAACUUACUUACCAAUUUCAU